AUGACCAAAGUCGGUGCAAGGCUUUCACCCGGAGUUCAACCCGUCCGCGAAGCUCAGGGAGCCGCAUGGAGGCAGCCAUACCAUAUCGCCAGCCACCGAGCUUCACUGCAUGUCGCAUCUGCCACAUCAUCUCAUGCCGCGGCCAAUGCCAUGCCAGGCCGCGCCCAAAUCGCAGCGGCUGACCCAGGGCCUCCGCCCCGGCAUCCUCGCCCGCACAGGUCCGCCCCUGACCAGCAACUCCCUCCGCACCUCCGUGCCACAAAGGCCCUGGCCACCUCGAACACCCGCCCGGAGCAACCGAGCAGCAGCGCCCUCCCAGGGCCGCACCCUGCCAGCAACAGCAAGCAGCCGCCGCACCCUCCCUCCGCCGCACCACCUCUAGGCGCCCCGCACGCGGCGCAGCCCACCGCGGCCCAGAUCGGGCCCUGGACGGCCCGCACCGCCGACCGUCACCUGGUGCUGCGCCACGGCCGCGCCGCCGCGGCCCGCAGCGCCCAGCCGCACCACGCCGCCGCCGCAGCAGACGACGCUGCAGGGCCGCCGCCCUGGCUUCCAUCCUCCCCUCCGCCGCAGCAGACGACGCUCCUAGUGCUAUUCUAUAAGUUGGAUAUACGUAGUAUUUAUUCUACUUAA